CACAUUGCCUCGUGCACCUGCUCACUAUGGACAAUACAAUGUCAGACGAAAAUGAUUGGAAUUCACUUCUGGAGACAGGUGGCUCAAUAACACUGGACGAAGAAUGGUUUCUUGAUGGCAUUGAUUUUUUAUACAACGACUCCUCCAGCAAUGUGAGCGAUUGUUGUGAUGGGGGCGACGUGUGCAACUUGGCUGACGACACGAAUUUCGAGGCGGUGUUCAUCCCAGUUCUAUACUCUGUGGCGUUUCUUGUGGGCAUCCUGGGAAAUGGAGUGCUGCUGGGGGUUCUGGUUCAGAGCAGGAAGAGCUGGAGCGUGACAGACACCUUUAUCCUCCACCUGGGUGUGGCUGACAUCCUGCUGCUGGUGACGCUGCCCUUCUGGGCCGCAGAGGCUGCUCAAGUUGAUGGCUGGACCUUUGGUACUCCUCUCUGUAAGAUCACUGGGGCUCUUUUCACGCUCAACUUCUACUGUGGCAUCUUCCUGCUGGCCUGCAUCAGUAUGGACCGCUACCUGUCCAUCGUGCAUGCCACCCACAUGUACUCCCGUAAAAAGCCUUGGGUUGUUAAUGCCAGCUGCUUUGCCGUGUGGACUUUCUCCUUGCUCCUCUCUAUCCCUGAUUGGGUCUUCUUGGAGGCUGUGAAGGAUGAUAGACGAAACAAAAUAGAGUGCGUUCGCAAUUACUACAAGUUUGCCUCUCAAUCAGCAGGCGACUGGCGACAGGCAUCUCGCCUGCUCUACCACAUUGUGGGCUUCCUGCUCCCCUCAGCGGUCCUGAUCUUCUGCUACUCCUGCAUCCUGCGGCAGCUGCGUUGCGGCUCCCAGGGCCUCCAAAAGCAGAAGGCCUUCAGGGUCAUCGUGUCUGUGGUGGUGGUUUUCUUUCUCUGCUGGACGCCAUUCAACAUCACGCUCAUGGUGGACACACUUCAUUCUGUCAACAGCAGCGAUACCUGCAGCAUCAGAUCAUCUCUUGAGAAAGCAAAGACCAUCACCUCCUCCGUGGGUUACCUCCACUGCAGCCUCAAUCCCGUCCUGUACGCCUUUGUGGGCGUGAAGUUCCGGCGUCAGCUCAUAGACAUCCUGAGGUCUCUGGGCUGCAGGAUGAAGACAAGUGCCAAAUUCCAGUCUGUCCUCAGCAGGAGAAGCUCUGUUUGGUCGGAGUCUGCCGACACCUCCAACUCCAUCGCUAUCUGAGUCACACACACAUCAACAGUAAUGUUAAUAAACCUCAGGAGUUGACAGACUCUUCAACGACACAGACGUGAGCAAUACAGCAUGUCCCUGCAUAUUUCCCAUGAUGCAUUACAUGUAUCAAGCCGUGCUUCCUUGCAACUUUCUGUUGUUCAUAUUGCAUUAAAAGCAAACAUUAACCACAUGACCGCUAUUCUGCGAAUCCAGGUAUUUUCAUAACAUUUCCCUUUGCUGAUUACCUCGCACUAU